CUUGUACUCCACCACCACCUUUCCGAGACCACUGGCAGAACAACUACAUGGCGAAUUUUACGAAAAAACCCAAUCUCUCUAGUAUACGCCCCACGUAUGUUUCCAGUAAUUUCUGAACUUGUUUGGCUUACAAAUAGAUAGCAACGGCCGUCAAGCCGUUGGGGAUGGGGCUGCCUUCACUUUCGACAACGAGCCAAGUGUCCUGGCUGUUUGCCAGCUCCAGGGCACCAGCGAUAUGUACUACUACUCGACUACCUUCUCUGGCGGUCCCGGGUGGCGCUUUUGACGUUCCUAAGCAGAAAUGCCCUCCCGACCGAGGGUCGUCGGAUUGUGUGACAGGCAAUCCGGCGUCGUUCUUUCAUUCCGCUCCCCGCCCCAUUCCUCUCUCUCGAAAAGACACAUCAACCCCCUCCUCCGACCUCUCUACCCCCCCACUAACUCCUGACAACGCAAGCCCACCCUCAAUUUCAAAUAAGCGCCAAAACGAUGGUCUUGACUUUCUCAUGACAGUCUUUCCGCAUAAUGGAUUGACCGCGCUGCCCCAUAGCCAGAGUGUCUCCAUCUCUGCUCCCAAUCUGGGUGCCGCCUUUGAUGGCGUCGUACUCAGUCUUCCUGGAGCUCCCAAGACUCUUUAUGUGGACGGCAAAAGCGCACACUCCAUCAGCAUCAGAGAAAGCAUCGUCGCACUCCUUGAUCUUGCCGAUGAAAGUCUGGGUUGUUCUGCGCUUGUUAUCGUCUUGGAGCGGUCUUCGCCUGCGCUUGGCAACAUUCUCCAUUCCCUCAUGUAUAUUGGGGGGAGCGUUGUUACUAAGCCGCCGUUCAAAGUCGACCCCGCGUUUGUCCUGCAACUCCAAACCAAACCACCACAACAACAGCAAUACCAGCAAGCUCACAAGCCAGAACAACCACAGGCGGCGCCACAGGGAGCAUGGCAACAACCUCCACCUACUGACCACCAUAAACACAAGCCGCCAACACGUCCUCAAUUCGACGCCAACCAAGCUAACCAACAUGACCCCCAUUACAUGGCCCUCCGGGCUGACGCAAACAAAGAGGGGGACCAAAUGGGGCGUUGCUUUUCGGAAAGCCGCCAGGCAUACGAAUCAGGCGACGGUGCUCGUGCUAAACAGCUCUCAAACGAGGGUAAAGCCCACCAGGCUAAAAUGAAACAACUCAACGAGCAGGCGGCAAACUGGAUAUUUAUUGAGAACAACAAGGACAGUGAACCCGGAGAAGUGGAUCUACAUGGACUUUACGUGCGCGAGGCUAUAGAGCGCUCAGACCGGGCGAUGGAAGACGCAAAGAGGAAAGGAGAAAGAGAGCUGAGGCUCAUUGUCGGUAAAGGCUUACAUUCACAGGGCCAUGCCGCCAAACUGAAGCCAGCAAUUGAAGACUUGAUGCAAAAACACCGAUUGGCUGCUGAGCUGGACCCCCGCAACGCUGGGGUAUUAAUUGUUCAAAUCGGAGGAAGCGGUGGUGGGGUUGGACCGGACGAGAUUACGAGGCGGCUUGAGCGGGAGGACGAGGGCUGCAUCUCUUUCUUCCAGGCGGCCAUGAUCCCGCUCACGCUCAUUUUCCUUUCCUAUACCGUUCUCGUCAACGCCGGGAGCGCAAAUAAAGGCGAUAAUUGUACCACAAACGACAACAGACUCCAACAAGGCAGUUUUCAAUUCUUUAGCGAUUGCAACUCGGUCACAUACUGCGCCGCCAAUGGGACUUGCCUCCUCAAAGGUUGUCGGAAAGAUGACUUCCCCUUUGGCUACAACCCCGGCUCCCAUUUGCCGGACAAAUGUCCAACUGGCCAAUUCUGUCCCGACGAGGCCGAUGCGUGCCAACCACUGCUUGCUGUCAAUAGCCCAUGUCAGCUUAAUCGCGACGAUCAAUGCGAAGCACCUUCCAAUUCUAAAGACCUUCGCGAUACCACAAACCGCGGGCGUAACUUCAAUGGGGCGGUCUGCUUGAACAACAUUUGCAUGUGGGCAAACAAAACAGCUGGUCAGACGUGCACUGUUGAAAACACGCCGUACAUUGCUUACGGGGCUGCUGGUGAAUUCAUCGAUAUUGUCUCACGAGGAGACUGUGUCAUUGGAUUUUACUGUGAUACCUCUUCAAAACAAUGCAUGGCGGAGAAGGCAUUUGGGGCUGCAUGUUCUGCGGACAAGGAAUGUGGCUCUUGGAAUUGCCUAGGCAGUGGUACUUGUGGUAUUGAUACCUCACUGCCGAACCACGUCGGCACCUGGGUAUAUGCCGUGGUUGCCAUCGGUAUCGUUGGCGGUAUUUUUGGAACUCUGUUUGGUCUCUUCUCUCUCCAUCGUCGACAACGUGAUGCCGAGCGAGAGAAACGAAUGCAAUAUUGGCGCGAGCAGAAUGCUUUCCACCAAAAUCUUCUCCAAAUGCGACAAGUAGCCUUGCCUGGAAAUGGUAGCGAGAGUGUCCGCAGCACUAUGUAUAGUCGGGAUGGGCUUCCUUUGGAUGAAGCGCCAAUUCUCCAACAUACCGCACCAAAGGGGUCUGGACUGCGCAAUUACAUGGCCGACGAUAGCUCCGAGUAUGACGAAGGGAUGAUGAUGCAGCCUACAACGACGACGAGGAGGGUAGACCCAGGUCGAUUCUAG